AUGCCCCAACUCAACCCAACCCCUUGAUUUUUCAUCCUAUUCCUCUCCUGACUAACCUUUCUAAUUAUUCUCCCCUCUAAAAUUAUGGAACACUCCUUCACGAUAGAACCUACCACACAAAGCGUAGAAAAACCCAACCCCGAGCCCUUAAACUGACCAUGACCCUAA